AUGUUAUCAUUUCUUCUAGUCCGUUUAGUUCCUUUAAUACUUUUAGCGAUAUUUCGAAUCCUUUCAAACCAUAAACCGGUGAUAGUUACUGAAGAACAGGCUGCUGAAGAACCGGCUGGUGGAGACGAAGAAUCGUCGGUCGGUGGAGCAGACGCUGGAGCAGACAAUGUCGUGAUCUUGCCGGAGCUCAAUGAAGAACCAACUGGUGGAGCGGUUGAUGGAGCAGACCAUGGCGUGGUAGUUAUCACGCCGGAGCUGAGUACAACUGAUGGAGUCCUUGAAGAAGCUGCUGGUGGAGCAGUCACUGAAGCUAGUGGAACUGAAGCCAGUGGAACAACCGAUGGAGCCGGUAGAGAAGACGAAUACACAGAACACAGGCAAGAAUUUUUUCGAAAUUUAAUUAAUGGGUACUGUUUGAUCAUUUUUGGAUUUAUAUCCAAAAAGCCAAUUAAGACCCUCAUACGAGAGGGAUCUGAGAGGUAUCACGAUUCCCAAUCGGCGUCUCGCGAAAUCGAAGCGCUGCGGAUCCUGAGAGGGUCCCAAAACGUGGUCGUUCUGCACGAGUUCUUCUGGCGCGAGGACGAGGACGCGGUUCUCGUGCUCGAGUUUCUCGGAACCGAACUCGCCGCCGUGAUCGAAAAAGGUGGUGUCGGAGUCGGUGAGGUUAAGAGGUGGAUGGUGCAGGCUCUGACUGCUGUGGAUGAGUGCCACCGGAAUAUGAUCGUUCAUAGAGACUUAAAACCCGCGAAUUUUUUAGUUUCCGAUGACGGGGUGCUCAAGUUAGCAGAUUUUGGACAGGUUUAA